UCCCAGAGUGUCGGAGUACUGUACAUAUCAGCCUUCCGAGUUUGUACAUACAGUCCUUUUUUUUGGGUAAAUGGCAGGACGCGCCCCUGCACGUCGCUCGACGCGGCGUAUUCAAAGUGGCCAGAACCAGAACCACGAAUCGAAUGAUGAUCAACAAAUACCGCACGUCUACCGGGAAAUGCUGGCUGAGGCGGAGGCGCGAGAACCUCAGGCCAUCGACCAUGAUCGCUUACCAAAGAAACGCAAAGUCGCGCAACAAACCCAUACACCACGCCCACAAGUAGUACAUCAAGAAGCUUCGGCUUUACGUACAGAUGAUGAGUCGAAUGGCCAACAAGUGCAGACCGUGUAUGACUCGCCCACGUCAUCAUCCGAGGAAUCGGAUAUGGAAUGGGAAGACAUCGACCUGCAGCCUACAGUACCAGAAGCGUCGUCAGAUGACUCGUCUAUCCAAAUUACUUUGGAUCGACCCGAAGAUAGCGGCCAGCAUAAGAGAGGACCUAAGCGCCAGCCGAUCACUGCCGCAGAGAAGCGGUUGAGACUUGAUAUCCACAAAGUCCAUCUCCUUUGCCUCUUGCGGCAUGUACAAAUUCGUAAUCGAUGGUGCAAUGAUGAUGAGCUCCAGGGCGCUCUCAAGAGAAUGAUUUCGAAGAAGACGAUAUCUCUAUUACAUCCACCCGAGAGCAAACCAGAGCAUAACAGGUCAACAUCGUUUAUAGACGGUCUCAACCAGGUCAGCGACGCAUUCAGUAGGCGGUUCAAAGUAACAAAACCUGGCCUUAAGCGACCACAUUGGGCCCAGAGUCCGGAAGCUUUGAAGCAAAGAGUGGAAACUAUCCUCUCCGACGCCGAGGUCUUCACAUCGGUAGAUGACUUCAGGAAACAAGCCCUUACCCUGCAGGGAUCUCGUGAUUUCGGUGCCCAACUGUUCUGUGCUCUACUACGAUCUGUAGCUGUAGAGGCAAGAUUGGUCUGCUCUCUGCAGCCAUUGCCAUUUUCGGGCGUUACUAAAGAAAUGACACCGAACGUCUCGACUGCAAAGAUAAUGAUCAUUGCAGCGGACAGUUCAGAGAAGUCUUCAGAUGAGGCAACGCGCCCCAAGUCACGCUCUGGAGCGCAACGACUGACCCGGCCCGGCUUCAAACCAUCACGGCCACCGGCCAGUCCGAGAGAGAUCCCAUAUUCCCGGAAUCAAGAGUCAUCUUACCCAGUAUUCUGGGUGGAAGCCUUGAAUGAGGCCAUCGAUAAAUGGAUCCCCGUUGAUCCGAUAGUCACUAGAUCACUGGCAAAAUCGUUCAAAUUUGAGCCACCCGCCACCGAUGCAAACAAUCUCAUGAGCUACGUGGUUGCGUUCGAGGAUGAUGCAUCUGUGCGAGACGUGACCCGGCGAUACGCCAAGGCUUUCAAUGCCAAAACACGCAAGUUCCGCGUCGAGUCGACCACUCGUAAUAGAACAUGGUGGGAUCGCGUACUUCAGAUCUAUGAGAAGCCGUUUCUCGAAGACCGCGACCAGUUGGAGGUAAGUGAGCUUACCGCCAAGACCGCGGCGGAGCCUAUGCCUCGAAACAUCCAAGAUUUCAAAGAUCAUCCGAUUUACGCACUGGAACGACAUCUCCGGCGCAGCGAGGUCGUCCACCCGAAGCGGGUGAUCGGACAGGUCAGUCUCGGCAAACCCGGGUCCAAGAAUCAGACUUUGGCGCCAGUGUACCGUCGAUCGGACGUUCAGACUGUGCGCAGCGCAGAUAAGUGGUACCGUCUGGGGCGAGACAUCAAGACGGGCGAACAACCAUUGAAGCGCGUCAAGGCCCGCAGACCUCAGGCUAGAGGACUACCCGAAGAUGAGGAUGAGAGCGAUGCGGCGCCCGAAACCGCUCUCUACGCACUCUUCCAGACCCAAGUUUAUGUCCCACCGCCGGUAGUUAACGGCAGAAUACCGAAGAAUGUUUACGGGAACCUGGACGUCUACACGCCAAGCAUGAUCCCAGCCGGUGGUAUUCAUAUCGGCCACCCUGAUGCUACGCAUGCGGCUAAAAUACUAGGAAUCGACUUCGCGGCCGCCGUCACCGGUUUUACCUUCCAAGGACGCCAUGGAACUGCUGUCUAUACCGGUGUGGUUGUCGCGGAAGAGCACCGCGAAGCGAUCAUGGCAGUCAUCGACGGUCUCGAGCGAGAAAGACUGCAUGAAGAGCUGGAGACACGGACCGCGGAAGUGUUGAAGGCGUGGAAGCACUUGCUCUUGAGACUCCGCAUUGCAGAGCGGGUUAAGGGUUACGCGAUCGAGGGCGAUGAAGACAUGGAUGAAGAGAGUGGUACUGAGCCGAAUGAAGAGGCUGACGGGCCUGUGGACGACGACCUAGGGGGCGGGUUUAUCCCCGAGUCGGACGCCGAGACGCCGGAUGCCUCAAUGGAAGGAGGCGGCUUCCUCCCCGAAGCAGACACGAAGACACCAGAACCCUCGGUGGGGGGAGGAGGCUUCAUGCCAGACUCGCCGAUGCAAAGUUCUAUGGAUCUGGAUCCUGUUGCAUCUGGAAGCCGUGGUGCAAACCCUUCUAGAGAGCCUCCGCAACGAAGCCCCGUGAUGCGCACACAUCCAGAACCAGACAAGCGACCGACCCCAGCCAGACCAUCCCGCUACACCCUAGUCGUUGUGUCGAAGAACAUAGCGUCCACCGAGCCCUCGACACCCGACCCCCACCCAGGCGAUGCCCCUCGAACGUCAAGCCCUGCUGCAGUCGAUCCGCCCGCCCAGGAACCCAGCUCCUCAAACGUACCUUCGGCUAUCAACGAGCCAUCGUCAGCCGGUGGUACUCCUGCAACUACCGCUCCAGACGCCGUGCAAACACAUUCACAAUCCCCCAAAUCAGAAGCCUCUGGUCCCCCAUCGCGCAGAGUGAGCGAGACAUCACUGCUAUCGGAGGACCCCGAUGACGAAGACGCGAUCCCGGAGUGGCUCAUGUCGGAUUAGAGGUAUUUUGUAUACAGAAGAUUUUGGAAUCUGAUCACGUCGUUAUGUGCAUACGUAUACUAACC